AUGCCUGUCUUCACUGCAAACAUACCUGGUAUUCUUAAAAUUGGAGACAGAAUCGAAAUUGGAGGUAAAAUAAAAGAUAACGCAAGAAAAAUGUCCGUAAAUCUUUGCGCUCAAGAAGGUGAAGAACCGCGCGACGUUGUUCUUCAUUUUGACGUACGUUUCCACCGAGAUAACAUUAUAUCACUCUCCAGAAAGAAUGGCAUUUGGAUAGGCAGCGGCAAUCUGGAUACCAAUUACAACAUGUUUGUACCAGGUACAAUAUUCCGAAUAGUCUUCGAAGUCAAGGAUACGGAUGUCAUCACUAUAUACUGCCAGGGCAAGUUCCAUAGCAAUUUUCUGCCCAAGAUACCGCUCAGUAUGGCGAAAUAUCUUGUGGCCUGGGCCGACGUAGAGAGAGUUACCCAUUGUUACUUUCAUUUAUCUAGCAAGGGCGUUGGUGAUGAAGCCGCCGGAGUCGUUCCGAACCCAUCACCUCGUCUCGGCGUCAACGCUGUCCUAGUCGGAGAUAAACGCUGCCAAAGGGGUCACAAGAAAUCGUCACCCGGAUCGCCACACCUUCAUUCGUCUAACGAGAGUUCAGAUGACGAAUUAAAGACUCGUCAGAAGGCAGAAGGCAGAGCAGAUAGAUAUUUCUACGAUACACUCAUGUGCCAGCCACCGGAGAGUAAAUUCUGCUCACCAGAAACAUUAAAAUACGCGAGGAAUAAAGCAGAGUACAGCAGAAACUUUGACUCGGAUACAGAGAAGAAUGAUACGGAUGUGUCCGAGGAGGUUGCAUCAAAAAACAUGGACUCGUCUAUGGCUGAAUCCGAAGAUGUUUUGCCUGAAUUGGGUAUGAAAAAACGAAUUCGACGGGGCCGUUUCCCGCCAUUUGCUCAAGUCGUAAAUUUCAUGGGACGGAAUACGAAGAGAAAUUAG